CCUCUAGCUUUUGACAGUGGGGACCCCUUUUGGGGUGGAUGGUUAUUAUUUGUUGGCCAGAUCCAGGGACCGGGCUGCCCUGGUCUGGGUCUCCCAGGGGGCUGCAGGUUCUCAGGGAAGGGAACAAGGCAAACGUGGGCAUGUGUGGGAAUCCCUCAUCGGCUUCUUGACUGCAGGAUUCCUAAGCUGGCUCAGUCCCAUACUGCCCUCCUCAGAUGACUGUACCAUCGUCAGCAUGUCCAGGGGGCUUAGGGUUUCCUCGGAGGCUCCUGGCAACCCGGGAUCUCCAGGCAUCCUGCCCUGCCACUGUGGACUAGACCUCUCACCUCGGUGCACUUUGGGAUCUUCCCAGCGUGUUCCCUCCCCAGCCUGGACCCAACCCUGCCAGCCUCAGCUUUCACUGUGCUGCCCCCGCGGCGGGAACAAUAUCCUUUCUAUUCGGAGUUGACUCUGCUGCCCUUUGGAGAUCGCAGUGCGUAACGUGAGCUCCUGUGCAGAGGGGUGGGGGCCGAGGCGCCCCCCGCACGCCGGGAGUCCGGCGGCCCAGCCCGGCCGUUGGUGGCUGCCCGCCGCCGCACCUGCCCUCCGAGGCUGGGGUCCGACGGCCGGUCGGAGCAGGCGGCCCGCGACGCGCCGGCAGGAGGAGGCCCGCGCCAUGGCCGCCCGGCUGGGCGCGCUCGCCGCGUCGGGGCUGUACCGGCGGCGCCAGCACCGGCAGAGCUCGCCGCCCGCCGCGCCCGGUAACAUGUCCAAUGCCUUGGCCAAUGCCGUGUGCCAGCGCUGCCAGGCCCGCUUCGCCCCCGCCGAGCGGAUUGUCAACAGCAACGGCGAGCUGUACCACGAGCACUGCUUCGUGUGCGCGCAGUGCUUCCGGCCCUUCCCCGACGGGCUCUUCUACGAGCUCGAAGGGCGGAAGUACUGCGAACACGACUUCCAGAUGCUGUUCGCUCCGUGCUGCAGGACCUGCGGCGAGUUCAUCAUCGGCCGCGUCAUCAAGGCCAUGAACAACAACUGGCACCCCGGGUGCUUCCGCUGCGAGCUGUGCGACGUGGAGCUGGCCGACCUGGGCUUUGUGAAGAACGCCGGCAGGCACCUGUGCCGACCCUGCCACAACCGUGAGAAGGCCAAGGGCCUGGGCAAGUACGUCUGUCAGCGCUGCCACCUGGUCAUCGACGAGCAGCCCCUCAUGUUCAGGAACGACGCCUACCACCCAGACCACUUCAGCUGCACCCACUGCGGGAAGGAGCUGACUGCAGAGGCCCGCGAGCUGAAGGGCGAGCUCUACUGCCUGCCGUGCCAUGACAAGAUGGGUGUCCCCAUCUGUGGGGCCUGCCGCCGGCCCAUCGAGGGCCGUGUGGUCAACGCGCUGGGCAAGCAGUGGCACGUGGAGGUCUGUCCACGGGACCCAGCAGACUUGAGCCCACAGGCCAUGGCUGGGCAGGCACACCGCCUCCCUCCCUCCCCAUCCUGGCCUUCUAGAGGAUUCCAAAGUCAUGAGAACACCUUGGGGACACUGGCCCGGGGUGCCCUGUGGGAUUGCGGUUGGCGGAAGUGGCUGCGUGUCCGGCCCACCUGCAGGCGAGGUGCUCAGCACUUUGUCUGCGCCAAGUGUGAGAAGCCGUUCCUGGGGCACCGGCACUAUGAGAAGAAGGGCCUGGCCUACUGUGAGACCCACUACAACCAGCUCUUUGGGGACGUCUGCUACACCUGCAGCCACGUGAUCGAGGGCGAUGUGGUGUCGGCCCUCAACAAGGCCUGGUGUGUGCACUGCUUCUCCUGUUCUACCUGCAACAGCCGGCUCACCCUGAAGAACAAGUUUGUGGAGUUCGACAUGAAGCCCGUGUGUAAGAGGUGCUACGAGAAGUUCCCGCUGGAGCUGAAGAAGCGGCUGAAGAAGCUGUCGGAGCUGGCAGCCCGCAGGGCGCAGCCCAAGUCCGCGGGCCUCCAGCCCGCCUGAGAGGCCCGCCCGCCGCCCGCAUCGUCCUCCUGCUCCCCCCGGCUUCGCCGCCCGCCCCCGCUGCCCGAACCUGUGGCUUCUCCCUGCCUCUCCGCUCAGCAUCCCCCCCCCAAGGCGUCCCGUCCCUCCCCUCCCUCCUUCCACGAGGCCAGAGGCCACGGGGCAGGGGCCUGGGCGUGGCAAGCCUGUGACACGUCCUCGUCCACAGCUUCGGCCCGAGGUCUUCCAGGGACAGAAGCAAGUAGGGCCAGGGUCACCUGGGCCGGCCUGUCCUGACCUGUCCCAUCCCCGCAGGAGGCCUCGUGGCUCGCAUUCUGUGGCAGCUUGGCCAGCCUCUGCCCCCCGUGGCACAGGUGCAGCCCACGGCCAGGCGGCCGCCCGGACCCCAGGGCCAUGUGGGUGGGCGCCCCCGGGGAGCCACCCUGCAGUCCCCCGACCACGCACGCGCUCAGCCAAGCAGGAGCCUCGUGCCCAGGCCAGGCCGGCGAGUCCUGCUUCUUCAGCCCACGCAGCAGCGGGAGGGCCCCCGCUCGCCCCGCCGCCAGGGCACCCGCUGACUACCCGGUGCAGCCUGGGGCCAGGAGGUGGUGGGCUCUGGUGGGCGGCUCAUUCCUGCCCUCCGGGGAGGACAGCGUGGGACCCUGGGGUUGGGACUCACACUUGCACAACGAAUGAAGGCUUUUCUACACGA